UUCGAUUUAGCUUUAACUGUAUAUGUGGUUCCAUUAUUUUUAUACAUAUUGAUAUAUUAAUAUAUUAAAUUACAAUCUUACAUUUUGUGUCAUUUCCGUAUAUACAAGUUUGUUAUUAAUUUCUAACUCCUAUAUCUUCCUCAUUUAGUCUAUCCUCUAACCAUUUAUACCAUUUAUUCCAUACCAUGUAGUAUUCUGUUUUUUCUUUAUCUUUUAUUUCGUGAGUCUAUCCAUCUCUGCACACUCUAAGAUUUUCCUUAUUACGUUUUCCUCUGAUGGUACAUUGUUAUUCUUCCAAUUUUGUGCGUACAUUAUUCUCGCUGCUGUUGAGAUAUGUAAAAUUAAAUAUUGUAUUUUUUGUUGUAAUCCCAGUAAAUAUUCCUAAUGAAAAUAAUUCUGGUUUCAUAUCUAUUUGUUGUUUGGUUCUCUCUUCCAGACAUUUUCUUAUUCUAUUCCAAUAUUGUUUUACUUUUGGGCACAUCCACCACAUGUGGUAAUAUGUUCCCUUGUUUUGUCCACAUUUCCAGCAGGCUGGUGAUGUAUUUGCAACCCAAGCUAUUUUUAAGUGCAUGCCAAAAGAUACAGAUGUGCAGCAUUAAGUAAUGCAUCAUGGAAGAUUUCACCAUUCACAAGUUAUUUAAAAUAGCCCAUUUUGGGGUUUAAACAUUUUGUAGCUCAGUGUUGUCAACCUUGGCAAAUCACUUCCACAUUUAAAUCCUUUGACCGCGCGAGGAAAUUUUUCGCGCGACGGACUCAGCCUCAGACAUCAGGUGGAACAUACCACAAUAGACUGUAGGUAGGGAUUUUAUUUUUCACUGCUUUCCCGCUGAAAAGCUCCAUAUCGCUAAAGAUAAUCUUUUUAAGUUAAAAACAAAGCAGAACAGAACGACGACUUUUGCUUAUAUUUCGGAAUUCCGAGACGUGUGUUGUAUUUAGAGCCUCUGCAGUCUGAAAUGGUCCAGCCCAGAAAAAAGCCAAGAAAAAGCCAAAUCCUUCCUUGCAGUCUCGGCUGCGUUUCGUAGUCCAGAAAGGAAAGACGGCGCCGAAGGUCUCCUCCUCCUCCUUUUGCAUCUACACGAUGCGCAACUUCAUACUGCAUUGCGGUUUCUCGGUGUUGCAGGUUUCUGCGCGAUUUCCCCGUUUGGUCUUCCAUCGAACGCUUUUGGGCCGAGCCCAGCCGAGCCGGGGUCAUUCCUGCCACCCAGAUUCGUUCGCGCCCGGGAUGCUGUCAGAAACCCCUUGGUGCUGUGCUUAGAGCCCUUGGAUGGAGCACCAAGAUUCAAGUGAUCCCGAGCGAGCGAGGGCGCGGUUCCCGAAAGUUGCUCGGCCGGCAUCUUUAACGGCGAGGCAGGAGCUCCGCUGGUAGGAGGGAUAGCCGUGGGAUGAAGAGCCGAAACGCCGCCGUCAGAAACAGUGGGAAAUGACGCCUCGCUCUCGGAAUGGAGAAGAAGCGCUUGAUAGGUGCAAAGGCCCAAGGAACGCUGCCCCGCUGGCCCUUGGCCUCUUUGAGGUCCGGUGAAUUUGUUUAAUCAGGAAAAAAAGGGCUUUUUCCUCCCGGGCCGCUACAGCUUCGGAAACGGCUGCCAGACUUCAUAAUUGCAGCUUUUAAGGAAGCUCCCUUCUUCCCUUCCUCUCAAGUCUUUCAUGGCUCUGUUUCCAGUUCCUGGCAGAAACUUUCAAUCUGUGGAAAUUGCAGGUUUUAUUUAUGUUGUAUGCUUACAAUUUGAUCUGUCCAAAUUGCCUUGAACGAGUUUCUGCCUAGAGAAUACUUUAAAUCGUGAUGAAAGGGCAUCCAGGCUGGGGAUUAUGGGAGUUCGUAUCCAAUACAUCUGAAAGGCACACAGCAUGACCCCCUUCUGAGUUAAAUAUACCUCUCUUUUUUGCAGUUAGUGGCCUCCCUUGACUAAUUCGUGGAAUGUGGACAAUCUUUAGGAUAUGGAAAUAGGUUGAUGCCUAUUGCAACAAUGACAGCUACUUAACAAUUGUCUGCCAAUGUUAAGAAGCUGUUUUUCUAUCACACUGGUUUUUUAGUUUUAAACAGAAGAGAACUAAUAUGAAUUCAUUUUCUGUUGGGCAAGACAAUAUGACCUGGGUCAUGGAAUUACUGGACAGUAUCAAUAUGUCUCCAUAUAAUAUCAUAAACAGUUUCAUGGAUUACUCAGCAUACUUUUUCUGGGUGUCAGUACUAUUCCUACUUCUCUUUUCUCCUGUUUUAAUAAUUCUUGGUUUUAUUUAUCUUUCUAAUUUUCUCUUGCAUAUUUACAAGAGAAAAGUUAAUUUAAAGGAAGAUUAUCUCAGUCAAUCAUGGGACAAUGGACGGAGGGCUGUGGCUCACCUUUGGGACAUGUAUGGUACACUGUGGCAUGGUUAUGAGAUACAUGGGAUGGAUAAAGUACCAGAAGGACCAGGGCUUAUCGUAUUUUACCAUGGAGCCUUUCCUCUAGACUAUUUCUACUUUGUAUCUAGAUUAUAUUUAAGAACAGGCAGAUUUUGCCGCACAGUGGUUGAUUACCAUUUUUCCAAAAUACCAGGUAUAAAACUGUUUUAUAAUGUGGAAGGCCUUACACAUAAUGGAAGGACAGAAUGUACUGAAAUUCUGAAAAGGGGAUACUUAUUGGGAGUUUUACCAGGUGGAACCCGAGAAGCACUGUUUAGCGAUGAGAACUAUGAACUUUUAUGGGGUCACCGGACAGGCUUUGCUCAUGUGGCUAGAGAUGCAAAAGUGCCUGUCAUUCCUAUAUUUACAAAAAAUCUACGAGAAGGAUACAGAACACUUGGGAAAAUAUGGCCGUUCAAAUGGUUGUAUGAACGUACCCGAUGGCCAAUUGUUCCUAUAUAUGGUGGAUUUCCUGUGAAAUUUUGCACAUACAUAGGAGAUCCCAUUCCGUAUGAUCCAAAUAUAUCAGCUGAAGAAUUAGCUGAAAAGACCAAAAGUGCAAUAAAAGAUCUCAGAGAUAAAUAUCAAGAAAUGCCGGGUAAUAUACAAAGAGCACUAUUGGAACGGUUUGAAAAGCGACCAGAGAAAUGAUGCCAUUCCACUUGUGAAAAUGUAGUUCUCCAUUCGCCCCCACUAAGAAUAUAUUGUGCUAGUGAUUUGAUGAUUUUUUAGAAAAAAAUAGUUCACUUCAGUCACUAAAUUUUAAUAUAUGUGUAUUAAAUAUGCAAGUGGAAUAACUAUUUGUUGCUUGUUUGCAAUUUUAGAUUUGUUGAUUUAUUGUGUAUAUUUCGCAUAUAGAAAAGAGAUAUGGGUUUGGUAAUUUGAACUUCUUCACAUAAAUAUCUUUAGUGAUGACUGACCUUUUUGAUGUAUUUGCAAUUAUUUAAUAAAUAUUGUUCUAUUUAAAAU